AUGAGCGCUCCUAAUUACGACAAUCACUCUCACAGUGAUGAGAAAGACUUCAAGGACUCAAGAAACGUCUCUGUCCAUCAACUCAGUCUGUCGUCGUCGCUGUCCAGUGGUGAGCAGUCCGGGCCUGAGUCUGUUCCUGACGUUGUUCCAUAUAACGAACAAGUCCCUAUCACACACCUUGCAGACGAUGCUGUGUCUAGGGAAUUGUCAAGAAUCAAGUCUUAUGCUUCGGCUGCAACUCAAGGUCGUCCUAAUGAAGAAGACAUCGGUACUGGUACUGAUGAAAAAGAUUCAGACGCCCAGUCGGUCUACAGUAUUUCUAAAGACCCAAAGUUUGACAGGUUCUCAUCUAGAAAGAAGGGUCUUUAUGUCUUCAUUGUCUCGGCUGCAUGUUUCUUGUCGCCAUUAUCUGGUCUCGCUUUCUUGCCAGCCGUGCCUGAGAUUGCCGAGCGUUUCAACACCACUGGUGAAGUGAUUAAUAUUUCUGCUGCUGUUUACUGUGUUUUCAUGUCGUUAUCUCCUUGUAUCUUCUCGCCCAUUUCAGAUAUUUAUGGUAGAAGAUUCUGUUUCGUCAGCUGUUGCAUCGCUUAUUGUAUCUGCACUAUUUUGGUCGCUGUUUCUGUCAACUUGGCAAUGUUUUACAUUUUCCGUGCUUUAACAGCGCUAUUUGCUACAGCUUUCUUUAGUGUUGGCGCUCACAUUAUUGCCGACUGUUAUAUUCCAAGUGAGCGUGGCCGUCAAAUGUCAUGGAUCGUUACUGGCGCACAGACCGGUACCUCUAUUGGUGGUGUUAUUGGUGGUAUCAUUGUGAACUGGACUUCAUGGAGAGUUAUCUUCUGGGUUAUGGCCGGUUUGGGUGGUGUGAUUCUAGUCCUCGGUGUCUUCUGCUUGCCAGAAACUUCCUACCGCACCAAGCACCUGAUUCUUUUGGAAGAAGCCCGCAAGGUAGAACCAAACAAGAAGUUUGUCUUUGUUUGGUUCAACCCUCUUCGUAUCAUUGGUGCCUUGAAGUACCCAACCUUGUCGCUUGAUGGUUUCAUUGUCAUUGCUAUGGUUUAUAACAUGUACUCGUUGCUUACCCCUAUUCGUUAUGUGUUGAACCCAAGAUUUGACUUGGAGCUGCCAUUGUACUCUGGUUUGUUUUAUUUGGCACCUGGUGUUGGUUACUUGAUUGGUUCUUUCUUUGGUGGUCGUCUCGCCGACAGAACCGUCAAGAAGUGGAUCAAGAAGAGAGGUAGAAGAGUUCCUGAAGACAGACUUAGACAGAUGGUGAUGUCCUUGACCUUCUACUACCCAGGAUGUAUUCUCAUCUACGGCUGGACCGUGGAUAAGGCUGUUGGAGGUAUGGCUGUUCCUAUCAUCUUUAUGUUCCUCUCUGGUCUCGCCCAAACUAUUGCUUUCCCAGCCAGUAACACCUACUGUGUUGACUCUGUUCCUGAACUUCACGGUGACGGUGUUGCCUCAUCUUACUUUUCCAGAUACUUGGCUGCCGCUGUUGCCUCAGGUACAUGUUUGAGAAGUAUUGAGAACAUUGGUGUCGGCUGGACCUGUACUAUCAGUGCCUUUGUGUUGUUUGCUGCCCUGGGAUGUAACUUUAUUCUUAUUUUCUAUGGCGAGACCAUGAGAAUGAAGUCAUUGGUGAAGUACGGCCACAGAACCCAAGAAGAGCUCGACAAGGUGGUUGAAUUACAGAAGGACGAGCCAAAAUGGUAA